GUAAUCUUUCUUUAUUGUUUUAGAGCUGAGCUCAGCUGCUGACUCCGGACGGACUCCGAAUCACCAACCAACCGUUUUCGCCGGCAGUGUGGUCGGAAUCGGAUGGCUGAGCUCGAUUGAUUUGAUUGAAGUAACAACUAAGGGUGGUUCCAUGGUUCACUCUACGCUUAUGGACUAACAUUCAGAGAUUGAAGUUGAUGUAUGGGGAAUGAGCAUAUAUUUAAGCACAUCAUGAUUUCAGGUGUUCCCCAUCUGCGCACUAAGGCAAGUACUUGAUGGCUGACUUACCAGGCUAUAUGCGUGCCUGCUUGCACACUGGAAAACUUGCCGCCCUGGCAAUUUUGGUCUCUGGAGGGAUUGUAUUGCAAAUUUUGGCGUGUGCUUUGUACAAUAAUUGGUGGCCAAUGCUAACUGUAAUAAUGUAUGUGCUUCUUCCCUUGCCAUUGCUGUUCUUUGUGGGAUCCGAUUUUUCUAUAUUUUCACAAUCUGAAAAUGGCUGGGUAAAUGCAACCAAGUUCUUGACCGGAGCUUCAGCUAUUGGAAGCAUUGCAAUCCCUGCUAUCUUAAAACACGCUGGUGUAAUUGGUUGGGGGGCCCUGGCUAUGGAGCUCUCAUCCUUUUUCGUAUUUGUACUGGCAAUAAUGUGUUACAUUCGGACGAGUGAUGAUGAUGACAGCUACAGUUCGAUCUGAGGUAUGCCUCUCCUGCGGUCCUGCCAGAUUUCUGUAAAGACGCGUUAUUUUCCCAUAAGAUGUUUCUAUUUCUUGGUGAACAUUGCCUCCAAUAUCAGCUUGUUAUAUAUUCCAAAACUGCUUUCCCCUUUACGUUUUUUCCUGUUCGAGUGUAAUUCUUUAUCCAUAUAAUUGAGUGUGUAUUGUGUUUAAUACGUUUUAACAUCUCAUUGUAUCGUUUCCCAUCAGAAUUGUGUAUCCUUGUACCUUUAGUGUAGUUGAUGGUUUGGUCGUCA